UGAAUUUAUCUUGUACAUUUUCAUAAGAUUGUCUUCAUAAAAGUUUAACUUUUUUAUGCAUGCAAUAUUUUAGACUAAAAGAAUGCGUUUAUUCAUCGUCACUUUGUAGAUGCCAAAUAGAAAAUCGUCUCUUUAUUUUUGUGGAAAUUAGUACAAUUCUUGUUGUACCUCGUUUUAUUAUUUAUAACUAUUAGCUGCCAUAAGUAAAAAUAACUAGUGCUGCAAUGAAUGUUAACAAACUGAUUUUCGUUAUGAUCUAUAUAUAUUCGUACACUAAACAAAUCAUUAGAUGCAUACCCUAAAGAAUUCUUACUAUAUAAUUAUCAUAUAUAUAAUAAUGAUUUUUUUUUAAUUGAUUAAUUGCUUCCUAUUGUAGAAUGCAUCGGUCACCAAUAAAUGCUGAUUGUUGGAUUUUAGCUAUAAGAUUUUUGAUACACGAUGCCCAAAUUUAUGAAUUUUCCGGAUUUAAAAGCAAUCAGAUUUCAAAUCUGAUGUAUGUUUCCAAUGAAGCAAAAGAAGGUCAAGGUCAAAAAGGAAAAUAAAAAUGGUAAUGAAGGAAAAAUAAUAUGUAAAAAGAAGUUUAUUAGAGAUUAAAUAAAUGGAGUUUUAUUCGACUUAUAAGAGAAGUACUUGUAAGGAUGCUGCAUGGGGUCUUGAAAUAGAAGAUGCCAAAUAUGUACAUAAACACGCGCGUAAUUGUUUAGUAUAUAGGGUUGAGGGUUUUGGAUUCGUAAAUAUAUAUGUAUGUACAUGUACAACUAUAUACGUACGAUAUGUAUAUGCGUAUACAUGCCUGAUUUAGCCAUCCAAAACUCUGUUUCACAUUAUUCUUGAAGAAUUUUGUCAAAAUUAAAAUGAAGCUUCAAUUAGAGUUCGUCUGCUUUUCAUCAUGUAAAACAUUUAAUUUUAUAUUAUUUGCCAACUUUUAUGUAUUUGUUAUUUUGUUUAUAAUUCAAGUAAUGUUUUAAAUGCUGUAGCUAGUCAUGGAAAUAAUUAAAAAACACACGAAAUUAUUUACGAAAUCCAUCUUUUCGGAUUUCGUAAUAACUAUCUCUUGACUUUCCUCCCAUUUCAGUCUAGAUUUUGCAAAACCAUUCAUCGAUUCUAUUCUCGUAUUUGCUAAAUCUAUAAUUAAUUUCUUAAUAUGUUGUCAACCAAGACAAGAACUUUAUCUAUUUAACCUCGUUUUCAUUUCGAUUAUUUCUCACCCUCUCAACAUCUUCAAGCCCUUGCAUCUACAAUUUUCUUUUUUCAUUUUGUCCGGAAUAUUUUCUAUAAAAUUUAAAAUGUCACAUGUACGUGGGAGUAAAAGAAAUCCAUCAGCAGAGGAGCGUCCCGUAAUUUUGGCACUUGAAUAUAGAAAAUUCGAUGCAUCGAGCUCCGUUCGUCGACCUUCUAUACCUCGACCGAGGAUUCCUAAACACCCCUUUACUUCGUUCGCUGCUCAGUUGUCGCCUUUCAUUGUUACUAUAAAGACUGGAGAGGACAUUGGAAAAAGGAUACGAGAUUUCUUUCAAGAGCGUAUCCACCCAAGGUGUGGCGCUUUGUCGGUCGAGGGAUGUAUAUACACUGUAUCAGGUGACAUAUCGAACCCGAGAAUCGAUAUAAAAGGCGUAGCAACGUAUUUUGAGGGUAAUUUUUCCAUAGCAACCCUCACAGGCCGUUUCGUAAUAUCAAAUAACGGACGUGUACAGCUGGACUAUUUGAAAGUCGGCUUUCAACCAGACGAUGUGCUCGUCUGCGGUACUACGAUUGGGCCUCUGAUAGCCGGCUGUGCUGUUCAGGUCACUCUGGGUUAUGCCAGGUUGGAUAAAGGAGAAACGAGCACCGCUCCUCUUCAGUCACCACAGUGCACCUCUGAGGGCUUUGCCGUAAAUGAAAAUGCCCUUGUAAUAAUUUGAAAUGUUACCGAGGGUUUUAGAUUGGUUGGCUAUCUACAUUAGUAGAUUGUGAUAGCAUUACAUGAUUUCGAUUUCGGGACUCGAAUUUGAGUAUUAGUUUUUCCAUAAUAUCGAAACCUUUUUUUUUUCCGUUUCACAUAAGCUGCAUAAGUGUAAAUUUUUGCCAGCAUUAGUGCAUGUUUCUUCGAACCUUAUUAUGUAAUGUGAUCUUUGCAUUAGAAAGACUAAUGAAUCAAAUAGUGAAAAUGGCUAUAUACUCUUUUGGAUGAUUAUCGGUCAUAUAUAAGGUUUUAUUCGACAUAUUUUAUGUCGACAUUUAUCAGUUUUAUCG